ACUAGAAGAAUGUUCUUAAACUUUUGAGAACCUUGCCAGAAUGUUUGACACAGUUAUGAGAAGGUCUCUUGUAUGUGGGCUCCCCGACUUUGACAUUUCAAAGCCCGUAUGUGUCAAAACGACUUUAUGCAUUGGGGUGUGUAGGUGGGCUAAUUGUUCGGUUUCUCAUUUCACUAAACCAACAAACUCACCAUGAGCGCAGUUGAGGCUGGCGCGUGAGCGCGCGUAACAGUAGUUUCUCUUUUGACAGAUAUCUUACCAGUUUCUGUCUGACUGCAGAGUUCAGAUGGUCUGCAGCGGAAACAAAAGAAACAGAACUCACUCAUCCAACAGACAGACCUCACGCAAUGCUUCAGCGGCAGUUUCCACACAUCAACAAUCGUGAGGAUCAAGAACUUGCCUUGAAGUAUGGAUAACAGCGGACACCAGCGAACAAAUAAUUCACUGGCUGUGGGAAUGAACUCCAACUAUACAUCAGACAGCUGUGACUGGGUGUGUUGGGUCCAGUGGUGUGUGUACGUGCCCAUUCUGGUUUUCGGCCUCCCCCUGAACCUGGCUGCUCUGUGGCUGCUGCUCUCUCGUGUUCGACACUUGAGCGAAUCCAUGGUUUACCUCAUCAACCUGAUCAUCAACGACUGCCUGCUGAUGCUGUCUCUGCCCUUUAAGAUACAUGCAUACAAGAAGCCCUGGACUCUUGGUAAUUAUUUCUGCUCCCUGCUGGAGAGCCUGCUCUACGUCAACAUCUACGGCAGCAUAAUGCUGAGCGUUUGCAUCGCGGCUGACCGAUACAUCGCUCUUCAGUUUCCAUUUGCUGCGCGCCGUUUGCGAUCUCCACGCAAGGCAGUGCUCGUGUGCCUGGUCAUGUGGAUGGUGGUAUUCGGAUCCAGCACCCCCAUCUACAAACUUCACGAUAAAUCAAAUGUAACUUACUGCUUCCAGGAUUUCUCCAACGGAACUUGGUCAAAAAGAUGGAUUCUGGUCUCUAUGGAGACAGUGUUUUGCAGCAGCGUCGUGUUGAUGGUGUUCUGCUCUGUGCGCGUGGUGCAGAUUCUGCACCACCUGAGGGCACGCAAUCCAGGCGAUGCCAAACUGCGCAACAACAAGAGCAUGAAGAUCGUCCUCAGCAACCUGGUGGUCUUCCUCACAUGCUUCAUUCCUUACCACAUAGCGGCGUUGAUUUACUUCCAUGCCAAGACAAGCAAUCUGAACUCAAACACCAUCGAUAAACUGCGCUAUUUUGUUCACAUAAGCAUGUGUAUUAGUAACGUGAACAUCUUGGCAGAUGGCGCAUGUUACUACUUCAUUCUUAAAGAGAACCUGGAGUCUGCAAAGCGAGAGAGGAGAAUGGCUAUACGCUCCAGAGAGAUGCGCACGGGUUCAAAGAGUCACAUGUUAUUUGGCGAAAUGCAUAAUGGUACAUCCACAGACACUGAAAAGAUGGAAAUAUGUGUGGUUACUGAUUUUACAUAAAGACCUACAGGAAAUUCAAGAAGGCUGACAUUCUAGGAUGAUUAAUCCUACACAGCAAAGGAAAAUGGUAGACAGUAAGACACAGACAUGUUCAUAUGGAUGAGCUGAGUGUGCCAGUGGAUACUGAAGUACUGUAUACACUGUAAAAAAAAAAAAAAAAAAAUCUGUAAAAAACAGAUAAUGUAGUCUACUGGUAGAAAAUUACCAGGACAGUAAUUUCACGGACAUUUCCGUUAACCCUAAAACACAACGCAAUGAAGUUCAAAAUACAAGUAAAACACCUGUAAAAACAAAAUUUAGCUGUAUUUUUAUUAUUAUUAUCAGUUUUUUUUUUAAAUCACAUAACACUUCUAUUUAUAGCUUAUAUAAACCAUGAUAUACAAUAUUUUAGAGUAAAUUUGAUGUUUACUUAAAGGGAUAGUUCACCUAAAAAUGAAAAUUUGAUGUUUAUCUGCUUACCCCCAGCCCAUCCAAGAUGUAGGUGACUUUGUUUCUUCAGUAGAAAAAACACAAAUGAUAAUUUU